CCUAAACAUAUACUAACUCCUUACUUUAUAAUAUUUUUUGUUAUUUUUCUCCAAAAAAAUUUGUUAUCCUUCACAGGAAAUCGUUUUUUUCCAGCUCUCAAAAUUGAGGCAAAUAAAUACAAAGUACCAGAAAAGAAUGACAAAGGUUUCUCAACUUGUUAUCCUCUUUGUCGUUGUUGUUAUAUGUUUUAUGUCGUAUGUUUAUUGUGAUGAUUUUCAUGUCGUGGGUCAGAUCUAUUGUGAUACAUGUCGUGCCGGAUUUGAGACCGAAAUUUCUGAACCUAUCAAAGGAGCUAAGGUAGGGUUAGAAUGCAGAAAUAAAGAAGGUGGAAACAUUACAUACACGGCCGACGAUGUUGUGACCGAUGAAGACGGUAUGUAUUCAGUAGUAAUUAAUGGUGAUCAUGAAGAUGACGUAUGUGAAGUAUUACUCAAAGAAAGCCCUAGGUCUGAUUGUAACGAAGUUGUGCCUACAAGAAAUCAAGGUCGUGUAUCCCUUAUUAAUAAUAGUGAUAUUGAUUCUCCUAUUCGAUUCAUGAAUUCCUUGGCGUUCCUGAAGAAAGAACCUCUCUUCAAUUGCUCUAAAGUCAUCGCUAAUUUAAGCCUUACACCCGAUGAUAUCACGGUACUAUGAUGUAAUAUAUUUGUCUAUAGUGUACAUGCAUACUGUAAAUUUUACAAGUAAAAAGCGUUUAUACACCAUAGCGUCGUACGUUAAAUGCAAUUUUUUUAAGGAGUU